UGAAACUUUCUCGUUGUCACUUAAUUUGUAGCCAGUUCAGUUUUUGUGCUUUUCUUUCAUUGUGCAAUAGCAGUAAAUUUAGUUUUCAUGCCAAAAAUGGUGAAUAACUCGGUUGUUAAUGUGCCCUUCUACCAGGAGAAGCGCAAAAAUAGUUCGCCAAAUAAUAGUUCCACUGCGGAUGCAAACGGCGGCGCCGCCAUUACAACAAUGGAAAACAAUGAACACUUGCGUAAAAUAUUUGUGGGCGGCCUCUCGCUAAAUACCUCAGCGGCCAUGAUGCGCACAUUCUUCUCACAGUUUGGACCAGUGGCCGACACUGUGGUGAUGCGUGAUCCCAUCUCGAAUCGGUCUCGGGGCUUCGGUUUCGUGACCUAUGCGGACUCCGAGUCCGUCGAGAAUGUGCAGCGUGCCCGUCCCCACAUUAUUGACAGCAAAACCGUUGACACCAAACGCGCUUUUCCACGCCACGAAUUCAACAAGGCUGUGGGACACUUAAGCAACAUCAAGACCAACAAGAUCUUUCUGGGCGGCCUCAAGGACUGUCAUGAUGAGGACUCGUUGCGCGACUAUUUCCGCAAGUUUGGCAAUGUCACCAGUGUCAAGGUGCUGACGGACAAGGACUCAGGACGCAAGCGAGGCUUUGGCUUUCUCGAGUUCGAGGAUACGGCUUCAGCUGGGCGUGCAUUGGCUCAAGGCAAGCACUCGAUCAACAUGAUCACUGUGGAGGUCAAGAAGUCCACCCAGAUGGCGGAGUCGAGCAAACGCAUCCGCCUGCCCAUCGGAGGAGCCGCCUGUGCCGGCUACGCUCCGCCUCAGCCAACCAUAAUGGACAAUUUCGUGUACAGCGGCAACUACAAUCCGUAUCAGGCGCAAACCUCGUUGCCACCAUCGGCAUUCUUCAACGGCUGGGCCUCGUAUGUGGCACCCACUGUGCCAUCGACAUACCCGCGCUAUCCACAUCGUCCUCCGCCUGUGGCUGCUUACGCUGCUCAGGGAGCAGCUUGGCCGCAUGGCAGUUGGCCAGCUAACAACUAUGGCCCAGUUGCCUCCUGGCCAAUGAAAGGCGGUCCAAAGCAUGGUCCAAUGAUGAACGAGCGUCCCAAGAACGAAUACAAAUCGGUGCAGGCCGAAGAAGCUACCAAGCAGAAGCUAUCAAAGCCAUCAUCGGACGAGAAUGCUGCUGGAGAUGUGGAGAAGAAGUGGUUGGCCAAGGAGUACAAGGUGUUCAAGCCAUCGGGCAAAUACAACUUCAAUGCAUCACAGACCAAUCACAUAACCUCCUUGGGCAACGAUGGAUCCACUCCUGCCUAUGGCAUUUAGGAAGAAAAGGGAUCAAAUGCAAUACGGAACAUCUACCGCAUUUACAACAAAACUAUAGACUGAUAUUGUGAUUGGGAUUUGAACUCGAUGUUGAGAGAAUAUCGAGGAAAUAUCUGCAUUCGAUUUAUUGAAAU